AUGGCGUCUGUCGUGUCAACCCUCAGUUGUGUUCCCAUGCCAGUAUCGAAGGAAGAUCAAAAUGAUAACAAGCAGCCGCGAUCAAAAGCCUCAGAUUCCGGACGCUCAGGGCCGACAAACAUGCAGAUAUAUUCAGCUUAUGCUGUGAGCGAGCGUGUUGAACGUGAGUAUCGUCGAGAAAGGGUUCGCAGAAGUCGGAGUCGCUCGGGUUCAUUGACCUCAAUCCGGCCACGUGGACCAAUAACUAGUUGUUUUUUGACAUCCAAAGAUAUCGAUGAAGAAGAGGAGUUAAUCAAAAAAAAGUUGGAGAAAAAAUUACGCGAGAAAGAGGAAUCUUAUCAAAAGAGAUUAAAACAAUGGGAGGCUCGUGAAAGAAAGAAGGCUAAUGAAUAUGAACACGAAAGAGAGCAUGAGAAAAAACGACAACGUGAACUGCAAAUAGAAGCGCAAAGGUUGAAGGAAUUUUUUGAAGAUUACGAUGAUAAUGUUGAGGAUCCUAAGUAUUAUCGAGGAAGUGCUCUGCACCAGCGUCUAAAAGAUCGUGAAAUUGAAGAAGCCGCAGAUGAACGUGAUCGACAGAAGGAGAUUGAACAGCUUGAGACUGCUCGCCGCAAACUAAUUGAGGAGGGUGAUCCAAACGCAGAAUCAAUCAUUUUUCAGAUGGAACAGAAAAUGCAAGAGCAUCUCAGGAAGUGUUUACAAGUCAGUGGAGAUGUGUCCAUGAACUCCGACGAUGGUAAUCAGUGCGCUGAACCGGUUAGUGAAAAUAUGAACGCUGAAGACGAGUCCAAAGACUCCGAUUGUGUGGUUAAACCAGUUGAAACCAACAGCUUGUCACCAGCGUGCAACGGUAUUACUUCGGAAUUUGAACCCGCUGCCCCCGAGGAGACGACCGUCAGUUUACUAAAGGAUGGUUCAAACACCUUUUUGUUUUCGAUGAGUACAGUUGAACCAGUAGUUCGCAAAACUGCCUCAGCAUUCGCUGAUGAGGAGCAAGACGAUAAACCGAGAAAACAUGGUCUUUCAUGGCUACCACCAUCGGCGUUAAAAGCUAGUUCUGUGUCUAACAAUGUAAAUGCUUCUGAUUCUGGUCAGAAUGAUUCAAACAACCUCCCUCCUGUUUCUGCCCUAUCCACGGAAGAAAAGAAGGCUAUUAUCAAAAAAAUUAUCGAGGGAAUCCCAACUCAUAAAAGAGAAUUAUUUGCGUAUCCUAUCGAGUGGGACAUGGUUGAUGCCGACUUCGUCAACUCUCGGAUAAAGCCUUGGGUCGAUAAGAAGAUUGUGAGUUAUAUUGGUGAAGCAGAAGCUACAUUAUCCAACUUUAUUUGUGAUCAAUUACUUCAUCAUAAUCCACCGGAACGUAUUCUUGCUGACAUAGCCAUGGUUUUGGAUGAAGAAGCAGAAGUUUUUGUAGUGAAAAUGUGGCGCCUUCUAAUUUAUGUGAUAGCGGAGAAGAAGGCUGGUCUAAGUGCAUAA